AUGUAAAAACACGUCAUUGCUCUAAUUUGACGUUUGCGUUGGCAAGUUUUCAGAAUCAGAAGAUUUGUAAAUUUUCCAAAAAAGCUCGAAUAAAAUAGGUCUAAACAAAUAUUUACACAAUGAAAUUCAAGGCAUUACUAUGUUUAGUAGUAAUCCUGACUUACAACCAAGGUGAAGCGCAGAAUCGGGCUAAAGGGCUUGAGGAGAAGCUGCAGCAGCUGGCUGAUAUGACAGCGAAGCGGUCGAUCAUCCCGCUGAAUUUCAAUAAGUUCAAAGAGUAUGUGAAGUCGCCUCCGAGGGAUUAUUCUUUCAUUGUGAUGUUCACGGCCAUGGCCCCAGCUCGCCGCUGUACGAUCUGCCAACAUGUCUACGACGAGUACAUGAUCGUGGCUAACUCCUUCAGGUUCUCUCAGUCGUACAACAACAAGCUAUUCUUCGGUAUGGUUGACUUUGAUGAAGGUUCGGAUGUUUUCCAAAUGCUCCGCCUGAAUACAGCCCCAGUGAUCAUGCACUUCCCCGCCAAAGGCAAGCCCAAACCAGCAGACUCAAUGGACUUUGAGCGUGCUGGUAUCCACGCUGAAGCUAUCGCCAAGUGGAUACAAGACAGAACUGAUGUGCAGGUCAGAAUAUUCCGUCCACCUAACUACUCAGGAGCAGUAGCCUUUGCGACACUCUUCAUUCUGGUCGCUGGAUUCUUGUACCUCCGUCGCAACAACCUCGAGUUUCUGUACAACAAACAGAUGUGGGCAGUGGCAGCUGUCUUCUUCUGCUUUGCGAUGGUCUCGGGACAGAUGUGGAACCAGAUCAGAGGCCCACCGUUCUUCCACAGGACCAAGAACGGGCCAGUUUACAUCAACGGUGGCUCCCAUGGACAGUUUGUGCUGGAGAGUUACAUAGUUGCUAUUCUGAAUGGGGCAGUGGUAGUUGGAAUGAUCCUAAUGAUAGAAGCGGCGGGAGGCGUCAAGAACGAACCGGCGCGCGCUCCGGCUGAAGGCAAGAGGCGCCGCUUCCAGUCCGUGGUCGGGCUAGUUCUAGUCUGCGUGUUCUUCUCUCUACUUCUGUCUGUGUUCAGAGCGAAAACACAGGGGUAUCCUUACAGUUUCCUGUUCAAGUAAAGUAAGGUGAUAGCAGUGUGUGCACUUAUUUUGUGUGUGUGUGAUGCAAUAUUUAAUUUCCAUUUUAAGCUAUGUUGAAACAAAAUAAAAAUA